ACGAACGAUCACUCCGCCCGCAGUUUGUCAGCGAGAGAACGAAUCGACCGCAUUUCUUGUAAGCGCCGACACCUUCGCUAGCUAACCUAGCUUUCAAUGUUGCAAUAAUUGUUAAGUAGCAGAUCUUCGGUUUGGCAUGGCGGAGGGUACAGGUAACGUUAACGUGGGACCGGCCAACCUUCCUCCGGGAGACCCUCAGCUAAUUGCUAUGAUUGUGGAGCAUCUGAAGAACCGGGGGCUUUUUGACGAGUUCCGUCGGGACUGCCUGGCCGACGUUGAUACGAAGCCUGCCUAUCAAAACCUGCGACAGAAAGUAGACAACUAUGUCACGUCGCACCUGAGCACACAAGACUGGAACCCGUCUAUCAACAAGAACCAGAUGAGGAAUGGACUGAGGCAAAGUGUUGUUCAGUCGGGCAUGUUGGAGUCCGGUGUGGACAGGAUCAUCACACAGGUUGUGGACCCCAAAAUGAACCACACUUUCCGGCCGCACAUAGAAACUGCCAUCCAUGACUUCCUGUCAGGGGACAGGAGGGAGGAAAGCGCCUUAAGUUCUAACUCUGCACCAUCUGAACAGACAGAACUUCAGGAGGCCCCCUCUGCCUCUGGCCCCAAAACCCCAACACAAGCUCCCUUCACUCAGAUCGUCGUGGACGCGCAACUCCCGUUCAGCUUUAUAUAUAUAUCAGCCCUUCAUGCCGCGGUCAUGCUGUGUAGUGGAAACCCCUCUGCAAGGCUACACUCCUGCUGCUGCUGCUACUGCUGCUGCUACAGCCCGCAAACCAGACAGAAAACAGAGCUUCAGUUAGUGUCAGACAUGCCGGUCAACUUGUCCGCUUUGGUUUUUGUGUUUUUCCUGCUCGUGGCCUGUCAACAGGUGCUGACCGUGGAUCCGCAUGAUGCCCAGGAGAAACAAGCGAGCCAGGCCAAAAGACGCCUCUCUCUGCAGAGCACAGUGGAGAUUCAGAGUUGCCUGGUGAGUUCAGGGGACGUUGGCUGCGGGACAUUUCAGUGUUUCAACAACAACUCCUGUGAAAUCCAAGGGCUGCACCACAUCUGUCUCACCCUGCUGCACAACGCCGGGCGCUACGACUCACAGGGCAAGUCAUUUGUGAAGGAUGCGUUGCGGUGCAUGGCGCUGGGACUUCGACAGCGCUUCAGCUGUGUGAGCCGCCGGUGCUCAGCGGUAAAAGAGAUGGUGUUCUUGCUCCAGAGAGAGUGCUACUCCAAACACCAGCUGUGCCUGGCACUACGGGACCACAUGGACACCAUGGGCAACCUGGUCCAGUUCCACUUGAUGUUUCCCCCGGGACCGUACGUGGAGCUGGUGAACUUCCUGUUGAAGUGCGGAGACGAGGUCAGGUCGUGGGUCAGCCGGCGGUUGCGGGAACAGUGCGAGCAGCACUGGGGGGCACUGUGCAGAAGCUUCAGCAGCACCUGCUCUCUCAGCCAAUCGGACGCUCCGCAGCAUACCACCACUCCACCACCCACUGUGCCCUGGCCUCUGACUGCUCAGGGACUCGUGCAGCAGCCAACCAGAGUAGCCGAAUCAGACGACAGGAGUGGGCUCAAUAGGAUUGACAACGCAACCGAAUCUGGUCUCGCAGAGUCUGAGAGAACCAAUGUUACUGCAUCAUAGAGCGACAGGCGAGCCACACAGAGGUGCAGACGCGGUACACAUUGAUCGUGCACUUAUCACCAUCAUAGUAGUAGGAUGAGUAAAAGUAGUUGUAGUUUUACUAGAGUAUUCGGUGUAGUAUUGCUGGUGAAAGUGAUGCAACAUAACUUAUUUAAUCUGUUGGGCAUUUGUGCUAUUAAUAUUUUUCUUUACAUUGACUUUGUACAAGGAUGAAAACCAAUUAUCUACCUCACUUCAUCACAGUAAACCACAGUGGCUGUAUCCUGCAGCGACGGGCAUGGACACACGAGUAAACACUACAGGGAAUUUGUCUCUAGCUCAAGUGCAGCUGAUGGCUGAAAGUCAGUAUUCUGUUAUGUUUUUGUAUUUAUGAGCAUUGUUAUUUUAUGCACCAUGUAGUUGGCACACUAUCAGCCGUUAUC